UUUUAUUUCUUCCAUUGUUUUUUUGUCAUUGUGGUUUUAUUUCCCUUAAUAAUGCGUGGGGUUGUCGUAGCAAGUAUUUUUCUCGUUGUACACUGUAUGUGUGUAGUUAUAAACGCUGAAUUCGUCCGCGAUCAACCGUCUACAGACGUCCAAAAAUUAUCGAUCUCGAGAAAAUCCCUGAACUCUCAUCGACGUUUUCGCCGAGACGCGAAACACGAGGAUGAAAAAGAUGUAGUCAACGUAGGAGGAGACGGGAAAUGUGACAAUCCUGCCGUGGAUGAAAGCAGUAAAAUCGAAGAUAAUCCAGUAAGUCUAGUGCAUUUUGCAGUUUUGUUUUUUGUUUACAAAGAACAGCCAUAUUUCCGCAUCUUGUAACAACGGUAGUUGCAAUUCAUUGGAACCUUUUUUCUUUUUUGAAGUGGAAGUUUGAAAACGAAACAAAGAUGAGUAUUUCCAUCAGCUGGAUCGGUAAAAAACAAACUGGAGAAGCUGCGGUGAGUAGAGCUUUUAAUCACGACCCUUAUUUUUUCGCUUUACGAAAACUACGUCGUUUACCUCAGCGAUACCGAUGCAUCUACCAACUGAAAUUAGUACUCGGUUUAAUUUACCUAGUGCGGAUCACAUGAUGAUCGGUGAUGUUUAGACAGAAUUAUAGGCUCUCAGUAUGUGCAAACUUUCUAUCAAACCUUUGCUCGAUCUUACGGCUCUAGCAAGUGUUUUUGUUUUUAAAUUUUAGGUGCUUUUUAUCCCCUGCAGUUAUUGUUUACCAUAAAUCAUAAAAUGUCGGCUAUUAAAUUAUGAAGGACAAAUUACCAUGGUAUCCAAAAAUUCCUCUAGGAAUGCCCUUUUUUCUUAAGAUAUAUGCGCAUGAAGUUUUGGCUCGCAGUUUUUUUGUUUUUUUUCCUAACAAAGGCAAAUGUAACAUUUACAGGGAAAGAUUUAGACGAAUUUCCAUGAGAUUGUUUAAAUUUGACAUGGAGUGGUACUAUUAAAUAUCAAAUGAUUUUUAAAUCUUUACAGAUACAGAUACAAAUUGAAUUUUAUGUCUGACUGCACUGAUUAAAAAAGCAGUUGUUUAUUUUCUGUUUUAACACACUUAAACAAAUAAUGGGUGAAAGAAGCAUGUGUGGGUGAUUAAUAGCCAAAUUCCCCUCAUUAAAAAAUCAUUAAACAAAAAGAAUUAAAGAAGAGAUGAAAAUAAGGAAAUGGUAGAAUUCUGCUGUGUCUUGUAAAACUGAGGUAGAUUGAUGAUCAAUCUACAGUGUAGCUCUGUGGAGGUAGAUUGAUCAUCACAGUAAGUCAACCCUUUCAUUCCCAAGAUCUUGUCAGUAAUUCUCCUUACUGUCUGCCACAAAAUUAUUAUGAUGUUGAUUCUGGUAAUUUGGUUACUGCUUACUUAUAAUCUCCUUUGUGAUAUUUUCCUUUAUUCUCAUCACUAGACUGCUAUUAUAAGGAAAAAUUUUGCCCUGAUCAGUUUUGGGGUAAACAGGUUAAGUUAGGUUUUUUUUUACAAGUUUUUGUGAAUUAACCCUUUAAUUCCCAGAAGUGAUUAACAUAAAACUUCUCCCUACAAUAUCCAUACAUUCUUCAGCAAACAGGUGAUGAGAAUAUUCAAACUUAUCAGGUAGAAGCUGCUAUCUUGAUCUAGCACCAAGUUCUCAUAACUAAUUUACAAGGAAAUGUGUAGCAGCUACAGGGGAGAAUUAACAAUCAGAUCUUGGGAGAUAAAGGAUUAAAAGGAAGUACUAUAUUGAUUUAAUUUAGUGUCCUCAUUCCAAUUCCACUGUUGCAUAGCACUUUCCAAGGGCUUUGGGAGAUAUAUAAAACUGUAUAAAAGUUGUUUGGAAAUAACUCUUUAUAAAAAUAAGUAAUUUAAAAGUUUAUGUUGUUACUAAAUGCUUUUUAAAAAAAUGAAAUUGUAUAUUACAUUUCUCUUUUAUGUCUUUCUUUCAGACAAUGCUACUGUUGGCCACAACUGAGCUGAUGUUUUUCUUCAGCAAACCUUCAGACCUUUACAAAAGGUAAAAAAAAAAAAUGGAUAUUGUUAUCAUUGUAAAUAGUGAUCAAAUGUAUUCGUAUGCCUUUGGUCAAAGUAAACACAAACUGCCUGGAUGGCUGGUCAUUUUUUUUGUACAUGUAAUUCUGGUUGAGAUAUGUCGUAGUUAGUAGUUUUGUAAGGACUGUUCUGUUGCACAGUUUGUUUUUUUCUAUUCUCCAAAGUUGAGUUGUGAAAAUCAAAAUGACACAAUGAAUCUUCAGGAGGCAGCUUAGUUCCAGGAGGAACUAUCUGAAGCUCCUCUCUAAUGAAUCUAUGCUUUGAUCCAUCUUUCAGAUAGUAGAGAACUGGCUCUCCUUCAUUCACAAUUGAUCUAUCUAUGUUGUUGACCUUCGUAGACUUGAAGCUCUUUUCUGUCUGCCUUCCAACUCACCAGUUGCAUACAAGUACCUCACAUUCUUUGAGGAGUUGAAUGUCCUCUCCUUCAAGCCAACAUGUCUUGAAUAAGGGGUUGAACUCUUUGCAUCAAUCACCUUUAGUUAUCAUUGAUCGCCUUAACAGGACUCUUUCCCAUUAAUUGAGUCACUUCAUGAUUCAAAGCUGAGAGAACUUUUAGAAGUCUUUUCAACUGUUCAGUAAAUCUCUUUCGGGAUGGGAAAUUCAUCUACUGACCUGAUACUGAAAACUGAACAAACCUUCACCCAAAGUUUGAUGGAUUUGCUCAAUGAUUCCUUGAUCUCUGUGAUGGUCCACAUUCCCUCUCCUUAUCCUCACAUCAUGCUUUUCCAUUUCUUUUGUGACAUCACCUAUGAAUUCAUGCCCAGGAUCGACCUUAAGAACUUUUGGCCAUUUUAGUGAUCCUCUCUAAUAAAUUCUCUAAAGAAUCCCUUGAAGUUAGUGGUUCAGCAUCUUUGUCACCAUUUGCACUCAGAAAUUUUCUUCUACAUAAGAAGGGGAUGGCUUGUUUUCCUUCUUCCUUUCUGAUAACUAGUUUUCCUUCUUGAUGGAAUACCUUGGAUUCUUCUCACUGCUAUUGUUCUUGGCAAUGGAACUGUUUGAGAACUUUUUGGUCUUGGCAAAGGGAUUGUAUUUUCAACCUUUUUUGUUCUUGACAAAGGGAUUGGUUUCUGUCUGUUCACUACUAAUUAACAUGUAUGGUGUUGAUCUUAGUUUUUCAUCCACAUUCUUAAUGCCAAGUGUCUUUUGUAGCUCUGGCUCUGUGAGGUACAAGGUGUUUUUCAUGUUUUUUCAUUUCAAAAUAUCUCUCCUUUUUAUUUAAGAUGAAAAAAAAAAUACUUGUAUUUAUCAUCUUCAAUAAAAUGAAGAAAAAACCCUUUUUUCGUCAGAGGAGAAAAGUUCAGAAGAAUAUUCAUGAUUCUUAAUGAUAAAUUUUUGGAAGGCAAGACUGUUACAGUUAAAGAAUUGUGAUACUGGUUACUCACUUGAACUCGACACAUUGCAGAAGUUUGAUAUUUGCAUUUGAAAAUGCAUUCAACUCUUUGUCUGAAUACCUGAAUUCAGUUCACAAAUCUUGACAAGAAUUUGAUUACCAGAAGAACAGAGUAAAAAUAUGGAAUGACUGAUAAGAUUUGAAUAUGAUGUUGAAAAUCCUGAGAGAUUUACAAUAAGGAAAGUAAGGGAUGAAAAUUUCAUCACGGAAAGCUUUUAUGAUGACCAAAGGAGAUAAAGGUUUCACUAUUGAUAUCUUGAAUAUUCAUCAUAGCAAGUAGCAUGUGCUGUGGUUCAGCAUACUACGUGAAAGACAAUAACUAGCAUUCCAGAUCUCUUUAGCUACUGUUAAAGUUGAGAAAAGAUUUUUCAUUUAGUUCAAGAGUUACAAAUUGUUAGGGAGAUCUGAAACGUGUCAAUUACAUACCUUUGGAAUAAUGUGUCUUUACAAUGUAUACACUUAUGUCUUGAGAUGACCAAAGAAAAGCCGUGAUUCAGUUGCUUGUCAAAUGUGACUCUUAACUCUUUCUGCUGAAUGUUCACAGAAAACCAAGUUUUUUUCUGAUAGUCUUUCUUGAUCUGUUCCUUCAGAGUUUUGAGAUCAACUUUCUCACUGUUUUUAGGAGAGUGUUGUCUGAGCUUCUCUUUCAAAACAUGAUAUUGCUCAAACUCAGGCAAUAUCAAGUUGAAAUUCAAUAUCUAAGAUCAUGGUGGAUUGUUAUCAUGAAGAAUAAUUUACUGCUUCAAAAGGUUUUUCUCUGACAUCAAACAUCCCAAAACGAUUGAAAUAUCUCCAUGAAAGUGACUGUUGUCUUUGUCUAAGAGAUCAGUUUAUUAUGUAGCUGUUCAGUGAAGCCAAUUGACAGAUCAUAUUGUCUCCUUGUUGCUAAUGACAACCAAUCCCCAGUUGUGAAAAGAUCUGUAUCUAAGGAGUUUAAAAUUCUGAGAGCAUUUUUCAAUGAAUUCAUCAAAAUUUUUAGUCCCUCUUUAUCCAAUGUAUUUCCGCGGGCUUUUUGCAAGACUUUCAAUAUUUUAGUUUCCAGCAGGAAUUGUUUCAGCAGAGAAUUGUCUUGUACAUCAUCAAAGCUUGGAAAAAUUCAGGCUUUUUGUUGGGAUUCUAACCUGCGAUAUGUCUUGAAUGUAAGGCAGAUGCCAUACUGUCAUGUGAACUUUUUUGCAGGGACUACAUAUUUCAUUUCUGUUGCAAUGACUUUGAAGACAGUACUUCCUAAUUUUUUUUUCCUUAAGAUGUGAAUUGAACUUGUCUGUACUUAAUUUCAGAAGGAUAGAUGGUAAAUGUAACUUCUUUUUCUUGUUUUCUUGUUUCAGUGAGGACUUUGGAAAAACUUUCAAACAUGUGAAUGCUGAAGUUUUUAAUAUGCAUAUCAGAAAAGACAGUGGAAUCUUAAAAAGCUCAGUUAACCCUAAUAAGGUUAGUAACUCUCCCAUCUUGUGUCUCUACAUUUCCUUGUUAAUUAUGGCCAAGUUGAAAUAAUAGGGUAAUUUAGCAUUCUCAACUGAGUUGAUGAUGUAAAUUUGGCCACCAUUAAGAGUUUUAAAGCUGACGGUUUGAGCAUUAGCCCUUUGUUAUUUGCUUUGAUGAAAAUGUCAGCUUUUAAACUCUUUAUGGUGGCCAAUUUAUGUUAUCAUCUCAGUUGAUUAUGCUAAAUUACCCUGUUGUACACAGCACCUCAGUUUCUCUAGAAACUUACCACUUUCAUUAAGUUGAGAGAAUGUUGUAUUUUAUCAAGAAAACCCUUAAAUGACUAGUUUGUCUAUUCUUAUGACCUGUUUCUAUAUUAAGUAUUGAUCUUGCAAGGAGAAGCUGCACAUUGAUCAUGAAGUGGGUUUGAUUUCUUGGGGAGACUGAACAAUUUUGUUUGUUCCACACUUUUGACAAGACAAAUAACAGCUUCCUUUACUGAGCUAUUGUCAUUUCCACUGUCACCUCAGUCUGAAUACUAACUGGGACUUAAACCCUUCAACACCCAAGAUUUGAUUAUUAAUUCUCCCCUCUAGCUGCUCACAUUUCCUUGUAAAUUAGUUAGGAGAAUUUGGUUUAGAUCAAGACAAAAAUUUCUACCUGAUAAUUGUUUAGUAUUCUAUUCCUUUCCUGCUAAUUAAUGUAUGGAUAUCAUGUAUUAGGGAGAAGUGGCAUGUUUUAAAAUCACAUCUGGGAGUUUACAGUUGAAUGUGCUAUUUACCAUUAUACCACAUUAUCAUCAACUUAUUUAGCUGUUCUCUUGACUGAUGCUUUGAUUCUGUUUAUUUUUAUUUGUAGGUUAUUCUAGUUUCCCAUAGCAUUCCAUUUUUCCCAACACAAUCUGGCCUGGUUAUCACCAAAAAUGGGGGAAAAAGUUGGGAGAAGAUGAAAGUUCCAUUUCAGAUCAGUGGACCACUUCUGUUUCAUCCAUGGAAGGAAGAUUGGAUCUUGGCAAGGGCUGUUGUUAAUGGGAUGGUAAGAAGGUUUGACUGUCAGAUUGUCAUUAAUGAGUUACUGAUGGCUUUUCAAGAACUUUCUAAUUAACUGACUCAGACCAACUUUGUAAGUGACUUGCUCAAUAACUGAUGGCAUGAGUGAAUGACUCACUGACUGAUUCUUUUGGCUGACUAACUUACUGACUGACUUAUAGACUGACUGACUUACAUACAUACUGAUUGACCGACAGACUUACAUAUUGACUGACUGACUUACAGAUUGACUGACUGACUGAUUGACCUGUAGAUUGACCGACUGACUUACAAAUUGACUGACUGACUGAUUGACCUGCAGAUUGACCGACUGACUUACAAAUUGAUUGACUGACUGACUUACAAAUUGAUUGACUGACUUACUUACUGAAUGACUUGCAAAUUGACUAACUGACUAACAGAUUGACUGAUUGACUGACUUACUGAAUGAGCAGCAGAUUGACUUGCUGACUUACAGGCUGAUUGACUGAUUUAAAGAGUGAUCAAUUGUGUGACUCACUGAAUGACUGACUGACUUCCCAACUUGCAGAUUGACUAACUGACCUAUAGAUUGACUGACUGACUGAUUUAUUGAAUGACCUGCAGAUUGUCUAACUGACUUACAGAUUGACUGACUGACUUACAGAUUGACUGACUGACUUACAGAUUGACUGACUGACUUACAGACAGACAUACUGAUUAAGAGAGUGAUCCAUUGUGUGACUCACUGAAUGACUGAUUUAUUAAGAUCACUUCCUUGAAUUUUGUUGCUGUCAAACAGGCCAACUUAAAUGCAAAAUUUGCAUCAACAAACCAUCUUGUCUCCUUUAUAUUUUAUAGGCAUAUUUAUCAACAGACUUUGGACAGAACUGGAAAUUUUUACAGAGUUAUGUUAGGAGCUUAAAAUGGUAAGAGAAAAGGCGAGAUGUUAGUUCAAAAAUUUCCAAGCAAGUUCAAGUUUUAGGUUUCUUUGUUUUAUUGAAGUUGUUUGAAACAAAUGAAAAUGAAAAUCAAACUGGGGUGAACAUGUUUAUUAAAAGAGGCAGGGAGAAAUUUGAACUGGAACAUACACUGUUUGUGUAUACCCAACUAGAUGUCAUCUUUAUGUCAGAGGAACUUUUAAAUGUUGUUGUUUUGAUUUGGUCUUAGGGGUGCCAUCACAGAUAUGAAAAAGGAAGAAAACACAAUUUUAAUGACAGUCUCAUCCAGUGAGUAACCUUUUGGUGACUGUGCAUUAAUCAGCUUGUAAACAUGUAGCUACUUUGAAUUGUUUGAUCUAUUGUGUUUGUUGUCUUGCAGUUCUGGAAAUAGCUUGUUAUUUUAAAGGGGUGAUAAUGAUAUUUUGAAAUGUCAUAGCUUUUGGAAAAGGUUCAAAACAUUUUUUAAAUUCUCGUCAACCUCUUAUGAGUCCCAAAGUUUUGUGCACAGAGGGUUGUAUCUUGGUCUUGAAGUCUUGCACUUGUUUUAUACAGUGAACAGAAAGCUCCAUUAGUUAAUCACAAAUCUGGAAAAAAUUCACAUAAUUUCAAAACUCCUAUCCAUGUUGAGCAGAGAACAGAAAAUUAUUUUCUUAAGUUGCCAUGCAUGUAUCUGCCUUGAUAAUAUUAUGGGCAAUGACCAAUCAAAGUGCAUGCAGUAUUCCAUUUUAUGUUUUGUGUAAAUGUAAUGUUGCCAAUAGAUCAGUUUUAAUCGAAGAAAGUGUUUAAUUUUAUUGAUACUGUAAUCAUAUGUGUCUUUAAAAUAAACAGAUGCUAAUAGCUUCCUAAAAGGAGAAGCCAAGUUGCUUAGAUCAAGGGACCUUGGAGAAAAGUUUGAAUGUAAGUUUUAAAAAAUAGCUUUAAAUGAUAAGAUAUUUUUUGAUGACCCAGACAUUACCUACAGAACAAGUUAGAAGAAUAAUUUCUGCUCUCUUUCAACCUAGUCCAUACACUUUGAAAAAAUUCUUCCUUUUUGUGAUAUGAUGUAGUCAGUUCUGUUGAAGAUCACAAGGCUUUGACUGCAUAGGCCUCGUGUCUCUUCGUCAAUUGAUUCAGUUGGUAAGAUUGAUAGAUCAGACAUUAUACGUUAUACAGUAUGCUUUGCUCAUAGUGGAGCUAUUAUUGAUAGCUGAAAUGUAGAUUAACCAUUUUAUCUAGAAGUGAUCAACAUGCAACUUCUCCCUGUAACAUCCAUAUUUAAUCCAGUUGACAGGUAAUGAGAAUAUUCAAACUUAUCAGGUAGAAGUUGAUGUCUUGAUCUACCUUAGCACCAAAUUCUCGUAUCUAAUUUACAAGGAAAUGUUUAGAGGCUAGAGGAGAGAAUUAACAAUCAGAUAUUGAGAGUUGAAGGGUUAAGACUUUACAUUUGGACGAUUUUCACUUCACUUUUUUUGUGAUUUGCUUGCUUCUCUUAGCUAUCCACGUUCAGCAUGUUUACUCCUUUGGACUUCAGGGCCACUUCCUCUUUGUCUCUGUGCGCCACAAUAUGGUAUGUUAAUCCUAUUCUUUACAUGAUGUAUUACAUCCAUUUUGAAAUCACUGUGAUCUUUGCAAUCUGAUUGGCUCUCAUUGCUGCAAUUUAUUCUCGAAUUGCACCAAGUUCGAGACUUUUCAAAGGCGCAAUGUGGUGACGGGGAAUCAAGAAAUGAUUGCCAGUAGAAAAAUUUUAAUCAUUGGUCGCUGGCAAUCUACUUUGUUUGUCAGCGUCGUUGGAAAAAUAUAACAGGAUAAUUUAGUAUUAUCAACUGAGUUGAUAACGUAAAUUGGCCACCUUAAAGAAUUUCAAAGGUGGCAUUUCGAGCGUUAGCCCUUCGUCAUAGCGAAAUAUAUUUUGAAGGCUCACGUGACUUCUUACGACUUUUAAAACCCGUAAGCUUCACAGAAAACUGAUGAAACAUGAGCCCCUAUUCCCGGAACCCAACCGGGACUGAAGGACUUAAAUGUCUAGCUUUUACCAUGUCUUGAUUAAUGUCUUUUAUCUAAAAAAAUAUGGAGCGUGAGACAAAACAUUUCAAUAAAAAGUGUUCAGCAAGAAAUAAUCUUCAAUUAUAGAACUUAAUUUGAAACAGCGAACAAUUAAUCGCGGAUUGAAUAUAGAACAACUGGGAAAACUUCCAUUAUUUACACUAUACUUGGCAAUUGCUUGGGACAUCUGAAGAGAAGGAGGUGCCGACAACGCGUUGGUGAUAAUUAUACGUAUAGUUUUUUCUUUAACUAAUUCUUGAAAAUUAUCAAAAAUUGUCUUGAUCGCCAAACACCGGCCACCAAUUUGCCAACUUUCACUGCAAAUUUAGUGAUCAAUAUUUUUUUCUACGUACUUUGUUUACCAAAAUGGUGUUAGUUUGGAGUGUUAUGGACCCAUUUAUUAUUUAUUCAUAAAUUUUUAAUUUACUGUCCUUCUUUUCAGAAUAACAAUUCCCGCACCAUGCAUGUGUCUAAGAAUGGAGGAGAUUCAUGGGACCCUGUACAAGUGCCAACUGUAACGCCAGAAAGGGUAUUGUCGCUUAUCAUUGAAACAUUCGUGUUAUUUAUAGAGCAAUAGCCUGCAGAGCAGGCGUAAUUUUGAUGAGGGAGUGCUUAGUAUUUUCUCAGCGAAAAUUAUGGCCGCCAUCUUUGAUUUUAAUGGCAACGGAAGGUUGGGGAGAGAAAGAAAUUUGUACUAAGUGGGCGGUUGACGGUCAAAAAUAAGGAGAGGGGUGGGGGUGGGGGUGGGGGAGUGAAGAUUACGGCGUCUUUUCGCCCAUCCCCUGCCUAUCCCCCCACUGUCCACUCUAGCUCCAAAUCAAAUAUGGCCGGUUGGAUAAACGAUCGCGAUAAGGUUAGCUCGCCAAAUAAGACGCCUGCACUGCAGGCUCAUCAAGUUAGAGCUAGGCUGUCCAUGAGUUUGAAACUGGAAGGCAAAGACGACAAAGAAAUUUGCCUUCAAGUUAUUGUGGACGUUACUUAUCAAAUCACACUUACAUGUCUCAUGUAAGACGGCAAACUGUUAAGUUAAAAUGUGUCAGGCAUUCCACUGAGUUUGCAGGAGCUUAGAGAAAAUUCUGAGCGAGGAACUAUGCUCUCAGUUUCUCUCAAAACUGAAAAAUAACCGCAUUGUGAAUUUCUUUGAUGUUAUUUUAAUUAUUGUAAGAUUUUAUCAGUAAUUAGGGUGAAAUAAGAUGAACAUAGCUGGCUUAAGACGCCAGACAAGCCUGCAGUUUUGGCUAGCUAUCAGUUCUUAUUUUGACCGUUGUGAGACUUUAACCAAGUUAUCUUUAUCUUUUUAACCUUUUAACCCCUAAGAGUGACGGACAUCUAAUUUCUCCUUACAAUAUCACCCAUAAAUCAAACAUAAAGGUCAUGAGAAUAAAGGAAAGGAUCACCACCUAAAGAAUCUCUUGAUUGUUGAACAAAUUCUCCUUGUCAGAACCCUAGGAAAUGUCCAGAGAGUAGUGUGGAGAAUAUGCAUACUGAUGUUAGGGAGUGACAUGGCCUUGGUUGGCCAAUUAUCUUGUCUGCUGACAACCAGUUGUCUAUACAAGUUCUAUUUAUGCCACAUUCAAAUCCUUUAUCAGAGAAAAUCUUGAAUAUCAAAUUAAGUGUCCUGUCAUUAUCUACAGGAAAAACUAUUUUCAUGUUAAGGACACGGUAGACCUUUGCGGGUGUCCUUCGCCAAAAAAAGUAUUGUCAACUCGCUAUUUAAAGUGUAACCGCCAUAAACUAUAAAUCAAUGGAAAGGUUAUGAAAUGUGCCAUCCGGCAAAAAAUUGUUCGGUUUUAGCUUUUGAUCGAAUCGCAAAACGACUGUAGCCCGUAGCCACUCAAGUUGAUCAUUCCUUUUUUCUUGCACAGUUUUAUUCCAUCAUGGACAUGUCGGAAGGAAUGAUUUUUCUUCAUGUUGAUGAUCCUGGAGGUUUGUUACGUUCAUUCAUCUUAAAUUCUACUUUAUUUUUAUUUGCCAGUGUAUCUUUUGUUUUGUUGUAUAAAUAAUCUUGCAAUUAUGUGAAGGAACAGAAAUGGCACAGUGGUGAGAGCGCUCGUCUCCCACCGCGGGGCUUGGGUUCCAUUCCCUGGACCUGGUGUCACAUGUGGUUUGAAUUUGUUGUUGGUUCUCUCCCUUGCUUCAAUAGCCUGCAGAGCAGGCGUCAUUUCGGAGAGCGAGUGCUCAGUAUUUUCUCAGCGAAAAUUAUGGCUGCCAUCUUUGAUUUAAAUGGCAGAGGAAGGCUGGGAAGAGAAAGAAAGUUGUACCAAGGGGGUGAGUGACAGUCAAAAAUAAGAAGAGGAGUGGGGGUGGGGGAGUGAAUAUUUUUCGCCCUUCCCUGCUCCUUCCCCCCACGGCCGUCUGUAUCUCCAAAUCGGACAUGGUUGAAUAGACGAUCGCAAGAUUCGUAACGUUAACUCGCCCUAAUAAGACACCUGCACUACAGGUUAUUGCUUGAAGAGUUUUUCUCCGCGUCUUUCAGUUUUCCUCCCUCCCAACCAACAAUCUAAUUCCAAUUCAACCUGGAAAGGGUGGACAAGAAGAGCAACCCUGCUAAAUUCCAAUUAUAAUAAUUCCAGUCAUUUUUAUUAUAAUUAUUAUUACUAUUAUUAUUGUAAUUCUUAUUAUUUCUAAUGUAAUAACGGUAUUUCAAUUUUAGAUACUGGUAGAGGAGUGUUGUACACCUCAGAUGCUGAUGGAAUUGUGUUCGGUGAAUCGCUCCGAGACCAUGUGGUACGUUAAGCAGGUGUCUCUUUUAUAGCGGAGCUCGCAGAGCGUAGCGCCAUAAUUAUACAAAAUAGUAGUAACCCAUCAAGCCGAAAAAAAUUUGGAUGUAUGACUGAACAACCAUACGACCGUACAAGGUACUACUUUUAACAUGCAUGGUCAACUGUACCGCAGGCACGCCAACGCCACGGCUUUGUCCAGUAGUCCAGUGGUCAGUGCACUGGGCUCCGAGUCGGACGACCUGGGUUGUAGUCCUGGCCGGGGCAAGGCGUUGUGCCCUUGAGACGUGUGGGUUAAAAAAAAAUGCGAGCUCCGCUUUUAGGCUUGGCUAAAUCUAUAUAUUAAUCUAAAUGUACUAGAUUGAAAAGAAAAUCAUUUAUGGCCCAUAGUAGCUUUCCUCCAUUGAACCAUUUGACCCCAACGAGUGACUAGCAUCUAAUUUCUCCUUACAAUAUCACCACUGAAUUAAACAUUAAGGUCAUGAGAAUAAAGGAAAUGAUCACCAAGUAAAGAAGCUCUUGAUUGUUAAGCAGAUUCUCCUUGUAAGCAGCUUAGAAAAUGUAAAGAGAACAGUAUGGAGAAUGUGCAUCUUGAUAUUAGGCUGUAAAGGGUUAACCCUUUCGCUCCCAGGAGUGGCUAAAAUGAAAUUUCUCCUUGAAAUGCCAAUAGGUUUUUAAGCAGAAAGUUAUUGAGGAGAAACUAGGAGACAUGUUUGAUUAAACGCCAAAUUCUUCGCACUCAAAUGGUGAGAAAUUUUUGGAAGAUAGUGCAGAGACUUGAUGGUUAGAUCUUGGGAGUGUAAAAAUCAACCCACUUGUAGCCAAAUUGUUAAAGAAGGUUUUUUUGUUUGUUUGUUUGUUAGUACACAAACUAUGGGGAGGUAACCGAUUUCUACAAAGUGGAAUCAAUGAGAGGCACUUACUUAACAGGCCGCAUGAACCAAGGUAAGUAUCGUAAUAUUUAAUAAACCCUGAAGCUAAAGUCUUGCAAUAGAAUUUUCUAAACGCUUGAUUUAUAGACAGUACUUGGAUCUACACUAUGAUGUACAAACUCGCGCGUUGGUAUGUACUAGAAAAAUUGUCAGGGCAAAUUUGUUGAAUUUUCUUUGGGGUAGUUGAUCCGCUAUUGGCAAAGCUUCAACUUCUUACACAAACGUUGAGACACCCCGAAAAAUAACAGUGUUGUUCAUCAAAAUUGAUUAUCAAUGAAACAGUGGCUACAAAUGAGGACAUUUUAAAAGUGACCCUGAUAACAGAAUCGGCUCUGUAAGCUUAUGUUUUACAUCGUUAUUUAGUCAUGACAUUUACAGUGUAUAAAGAUAUUGUGAUACCAGGAAAUAUGCAUACCUGGUGAUGGAAGUAGUUUUUUUCUCGAAGUGAUGAGGAACAGCUACUCAGAUAGAAGAAUUCCGUUCGAAAAUGAUGACCCGUUUAUAUUUUCCGAGUACGAACACGUAUACACAUGUAACAGUACCUUGAUAAGGUCGGCUUGCAACGAACAAGUCUUCAUGUAGUUCAUGGAGUUGUAGUAUUUUAGUGCGGUCAGUCUCUUCUUUAAAACAACUACGUGUCAAUAAUGGAAAAGCAAUAAGCUAGCUCACACGUACUAAUGAGACAGACGCGUAUGUCCUUAGGUGCGUAUAUGAGCAGUUUAUACGCGAAUACGCUGAUAUUUAUACGCACAUACACUUGCAUUUAUAAGCAUAUUAUGUCGGUUGACGUAAUUCUAAGCGGUAUUGAGUUUUGACAAAGUAUGAAAUCCUUGAAGAAAUUGUAAGUGGGAAAUGAACAACCCAGUAGGUUAUUUCCUAGUUUUAAAAACGCCAACUUUCGGAAAAAGGAGGAAGAAAAAGCUUUUUUUUUUUUCUUUUUGAAAGUGAGUUUUUUAUGCAUGAAAACGAAAUAUCAUUACAAUUACCUUCGUUUUAAAGCACAGGCUUUGAGCAUCACGGAAAUGGCUUAGAUACCGUUAGCAGUAAAUUUUUGAUGAACUUUCACAUAUCAGGGGAGUAGGGGUGGCGCAGUGGUGAGAGCGCUCGUCUUCCCCUACCGUGGCCCGGGUUCGAUUCCGGGCCCUGGCGUCCCAUGUAGGUUGAGUUUGUCGUUGGUACUUGUCCUUGCUCUGAGGGUUUUUCUCCGCGUCCUCCGGUUUUCCUCCUUCCACAGACACUAAUAUUCCAAUUUCAGUUUCGACUUGGAAACAGUGGAUAAGCAGCGCCAUCUCGUGCAAUGUCCAUUACUAAAUUCUAAUUUAUUUCCACGAACUGUUUAUUUUACACGUAUAUUUAUUUGUUCUCCAUUUCUUUGUAACUCCUCAGACAAGAGUAUAACGUCAAUGAUUAGUUUUAACCGUGGUGGUGAGUGGAGCACUAUUCCCUUGGCGGAUGAACAAUGCAAGAACGUCAAGCGAGAGGUAUUUCAUGAGCACCUCGUGUACAAUAACGCCAUAGGCUGAUACGGUUCUCUGUUCAGUUACGUUCUGGUCAACAACUAGAUUAGAGCAGUUUUCGAAAUUGAGUGUCGUAAAACCAAAAGCAAAGUAAUCCCAGUGACUCAGAGUAAUCCUAGUGAAAGCAAGCAAAUUGGUCAAGCGCGGGAAAACGCGGACGACCAAGCCCCGAUUAUUUUUAGUUUGGCUUUUGAUUGGUUGAAAGGAUGGCGCGAGUUUUCUGGACCAAUCGCAAGGCAAAGUUAAGUAAAACCUUUGCAAUCCCAGAAUACUUUCGACACUCCAUUGAAAAUUGCUCUAUCAGCGUAAGAUAACUGUUGCUCAGUUUUUUUUUUCAGUUAUGAGGAUUGAAUUCAUAAGGGCGACAGGAACGUAGUGAUUUUCACGCUUUGUAGUUCAACCCACGUGGGUCUUUGUGAAUGCUUUUUUGCCCGGGGCACAAAAUGGAAGAUUCAGUCAAAUUUCUGGCAAAUGUGUGAUCGAGAACGCUUGACAAAUUUGAGAACUGGCUGCCUCCGAGAAAGCUUUUAAACGACAUUCGACUUAGAGGAAAAACUGUUGUUAGCAAAAUGUUCGUUCGAUCAUAGAAGUGGUUACUUAAUAGGAUAGCCGUUAACCCUUUAACCCCAAAGAGUGACUGGCUUCUAAAUUCUCCUUACUAUAUCAGGCCUGAAUCAAACAGUAAGGUCAUGAGAAUUAAAGAAACGAUCACCCAUUCAAGAUGCUCUUGAUUGGUCAACAAAUUCUCCUUAAAGUACCAUAGGAAAUGUUUAGAGAACAGUGUGGAGAGUGUGCAUGCUGAUGUUAGGGUGAAAAGGUUUAGGAGAAAGUAUACUGUAUAUGCACAGUAGCGCAGAAAAAAACUAUUUUGUUUUAUUGUAUUCAGAAUGAAAACUUUUGAUUGUGAAUCUAUCAGCCAGGUGAGAAGUGCUCUCUUCAAAUCCAUGGCCGUUUCAGUCGAAGCAGAGGUGUAGAGUUUGCCAUGGGUCCCUUGAGCAUUCCUAACGCGGUUGGUAUCAUACUUGCUCAUGGUAAUGCGGGUAGUGCCUUGAACAGAAACGUGGACGUGUGGAUGACACGUGACGGAGGGUACACGUGGAAUAAGGUAGGUUCAAGUGAAGACCAGGUCUCCUUUGCGGCCUUUGAUUGGUCACGUCACGCAGCGCUUUAUUGCGAGAGUGAGUUACGUGACGGAACUAAAUGAUGGCUGCAAAGGAUGCUAAUAUUGUUCAGAAGUUUGUUUUUCUCUCUGGAUCGAAUGAAAGCUACAGACGGGAAAAGAUUGGGAAGAGAUUGAUAUCUCCCCAGCCCUUUCUGUAAACAGGUUAUAAACAGUACAAACAGUGCACAAAUUGUGGUCUUUCGCAACAUGGGUCCCUUGGAUCUUCCCGCGCUUCAGGGGGUUGGCUUCUUUUUACUUUGAGUACAGUGUGGCUCCUGGAAAAGUUUUUUUCGCUUUUUUCUGAUUCGUCGUUGUGAUUGCGUGGCUGUAGGUUUUCCUUUUCUUAGCUCUUUGAUUGGUUUAGAAAAAUCGCGCCACUCUCUCAACCAAUCAGAUGCGAAACUAAAACAAAUCCCAAUUUGGUCGUCCGCGUUUUACCCGCGCUUCAGGCAGUUUUCUUGUUUUCAAUUUGAGUUCUCGUUGGCUCUUAAAGGUAUUUUCUUUUCUUCUGUUUGACGACAUCUAAUCGAAAAGUGCUCUAAAACACUCAAUCGCAAAGCGUUGCAUUAGUGAUAUCUGUUGUUUGUAGGUUCUGAGUGGCUCGCACCAUUACUCCAUUGGAGAUCAUGGAAACUUGAUCGUGGCUGUACCAGCUUUCAGCUCUGCCACAAAAUAUCUCAUGUGAGUAAUGUUAGUAGUUAGGUUAACAAGUGAUGAAUAACAUCAUCGCUUUAUCCACUUCUAGGGUUUUUGCAAAGAUUUACAACAAAGCACCAAUUUAAAAGUAGGAAGGAUCAAACUUGUGGCCUGUUCUUGUCACAGUGCAAGAGCGAGGGAUGGGGUGGGAGGGCAGGGGGGACUUUAGCUAAGGCUUUCGAAACCGUCUCCUCCAGGACUCUUCUCACCCGGACGAUCAGACUUCACGAUCAGCUAUUAUCCCAUUUACUGAAGGAGACUCGUUGAGGGAAAAACUGCUGGGACAAAAUUUUGCGGAGUAGCGUGUUCCAGACGUUCGGUUGGUGAACGGAGCGAAUAAUAAACGGCGUGAUAAUAGCGGCAGAGCGAAAACGAGGGAAGUUCUGAUCGGUUCGCGUAGAGAAUGUAGUUCAUUACGAGACCCGACCCAACCUCCCUCGUUUUUAACUCAAGCCAGGGCUCGAAAUUAGCACUCGCAAACUCGCGAAAUGCGAGUGGUUUUUCGAAGUUGCGAGUCUAAAAAAUAUCCUCUAGCAAACAUUUGCUAGUUAGGUUCCUUCUUUUGCUAGUAAAAAAAAUCUUACUAGCAAAACUUUGCUAGUAGACAAAAAAGUUAAGUUCGAGCCCUGCAAGCCAGUUUUUAUUUUACUCCUCCGCUACAUUCGCGCUGUUAACAAUCGCGCUUCGUUUUCUUAACCCUUUACACCCUAACAUCAGCAUGCAUAUUCUCCAUACUUUUCUUAUACAUUUCUAAGGGUUCUGAAAAGAAGAAUUUGUUUAAGAAUCAAGAGUUUCCUGCGUUGUUGAUCAUUUCCAUAAUUCUCAUGACCUUAAUGUUUUAUUCAGGGAUGAUAUUGUAAGAAGAAAUUAGAUGCCAGUCACUCUUAGGGGUUAAAGGGUUAACUGACUGCUUGUUGUUAGAGUGCAAUUGCUGAGUGAAAAUGUUUGUUAUAAAUAUUCCUUCACGGAGGAAAUUAUUGACAGAUGAGGAAAAUUUAUUCAUGUUUGGAAUUUUUUUCAGGUAUUCAGUGAACGAGGGCCGCUGUUGGUUCAAGCAUCCUUUUACAAACCGCGACUUCACUGUCACCGGGUUGGUCACAGAGCCGGGUGGAAAAACAAUGAGGUUCAGUUUGUGGGGAUUUACUUUACCUUCAAGAGAGUGGCAGGUUAUCACUGUGGACUUUGAGAACGUACUCAAAAGAGCUUGUAAGUUGCCAAAGUUUGCUGGUUUUCGGUGAGACUCCGCGCGCCUUGCCUAAGAACAGAAGGUGAUAAAUACCAUUGGGAUUUCAGGAAGGGGUGCGUUUUGUGGUUGGUCCAGAAAACACACGCCUCUUUCUCAACCAAUGGCGUUAUGGCCACUCGCGUUUUCCCUUGCGUUACUUCGCCCGCCGAUUGGUCCAGAAAUCACGCACCACCAUCUCGACUAAUCAGAUACAAAGCUAAAACCAAUCGUGUCCCGGCCACCCGUGUUUUCCCGCGGUUUAAUUCGGUCGGUGAUUGGACAAGGAAUUUCCUGCCCAAUUUCGAACAAAAUGUAGAAAACAUUUAAAAAGGCUUAACUUUUCUUAAAAAGUUAAAAAUUUUUAUUGAUGGUGAAUGUUUUUAAGCAGGGUUGCCUUUUUUUAUUUUGGCGUUGCUGCACAAACAAAGAAUUUAAUUUCGCUGAUUCGUGCGUUUUACAGGUUAUAUUAAUGAUAACUGAACACUAAAAUGGCUUCCUAAGACGUUGCGCAACUGUGUUCGUUGUUAAUCUUUCUUAUAAAAGAAAAUUUUGGCUGUUUUAUUGUAAACAAGUAAGCGCUUGUUUCCUCUUAAAGUUAGGGAUUAAUUGUGUUUUCAGAAGUUGCAGAAAUCAAUCCUUAAUUUUACUCGGCCUCAUGCGAUUACAUACUCCAAUCAAUUGCAACUUCGUAUUCUCUCGUGUUUCCCGCGCUCGGAGCCGGUCACAUGUAUUUACCCUGAAUCCUUAUUGGCUUUCUUUUCCAUUUCCCUUUGCUUUGAUUGGCCGUUGAAAUCAUUUGAAAUGGCUCCUGAUGGAUGUUGUUUUUCUCUAGGUAAAGACGACGAUUACGAAAAGUGGAUACCUCACGGUAAAGGGGCGAAAAACGGAUGCUUGCUGGGUAGAAAAGUUUACAUUCUAAGACCAAAGAAAGAGAGUCUGUAAGGAAAUAAUUUUGACUUUUAUCUACAUACAUGACCGUACGGUCUCCUCUCUGAUGCCUAAAGAUAUAAAACUCCAGCGUUAAAACGCAUUUACAAAUUAAAGCAACAGAGCGGUCAAACAUUGGGCAUGCGCAAGGGGAUCAAUUUUGACCGGACGCGCGUUAAUUUCCCGCGUAAAAUUUCAAAUGGAAAUGUUUAAGAAAGAAGCGUUGACACGCCAGAUACGCGAAACUUAGUACUAGAGGAAAGGUAUAGACAGUAGAUCUCGUUAGUUAUUCUCCUUACUGUUAGCCAUACAAUUCUGAUGAUGUUAGUUCGGAGAAAUUGGUAUUGGAUCAAAUAAUAAUCCCCUAAUUGAUAUUUUUCUCCUUUCUCAUCACUUGUCGUCUUAAUGUUGUAUUGAUGUUCUAAGGAGAAAUUCUGUCUUGGUCACUCAUGAGAUUUAAAGGGUUUAAGAUUGUUCACGAGGGUUAGUUAGCUAAAGUAUUUUAACUGUUGUUUGUUGCAGUUGUUUUAAUGGAGUGGAUUAUAUCCAUCAUGAAAAAAGUGAAUGCUGUGAGUGUACACACGAUGAUAUUGAAUGGUAAGGCAGCAAAGAGUGCAAGGGAACAUAUCAUAGUUUGUUCCAGGCGUUCAGUUUGUGAAACGGAGCGAAAUAAUGAACGCCGCGAUAGUCACGGGGGAGUUAAAAAAACGGGGGAGGUUUGGGUCGAGUGGCAUUGCGCUACCCGACUCAGACUUCCCUUGUUUUUCAACUUUCCGUUUCUAUUGCGUCAUUUACCAUCUUGUUUCGUUUUGUUUAACUGAAUGCCUGGAGCUGGCUAAAGAUAUCAGAGCUCAUGCAGAAUCUUCGAAAACAACGUAACCAAUAUAUAUAUAUAUAUAUAUAUAUAUAUAUAUAUGUUAUGGUUCUACCCUAAUUGUUUGUGCAAUUUGUUGAAUUCCAGUUAAUUUUAAUAACUCUCUCUGGAGGGCUCUAGUGUAUGUGGAGUAGUGGAGGGAAAAACCAAUGGGCAAAUACGAAACAUGAAAGCCGCACACGGAGUGGGGUCGAAAUGACGUGUGAUACUUCUCGCUCCCAGUUUCCACGCUGUUUCUUAAAUGUUGUUGUUUUUUUUUCACCUGCUCAACGGAAAUAGUCUAAAACGAAGGAAUGUUCAUGCUUUAGUUAUGAACUGAAUUGCGCCCCCGAAAACCCCGUGGAAUACCCUUCAUUGAACAGUUUAUUGCCGCGUUGAUGGAUUUGCCAAUAUUUUGUUCUUUUCGUUUUUUCUUUUUCCUCAGCGACUACGGCUAUCAUCCAAAUGGAAAUGAUUGCGUGAGGGACGAACACAAACCUCCAGAGCUUUGUAUACAUGGUGACGUGGAAACAGACAAUUUAGGGUCAGUAAGGCUUGUGUUGUGUGAUUUUGCGGUAUGACACUGCGCAUCCAUAUGGCGCAUAGAUUCACGCGUGACCAGAGUGACGAAUUAUGGUAUAUUGUGGCUUUGUCGCGACAAUAGCAAAUCAGUAUUGUGAUUAUGCUGUUUUAAAAAAUUCAUGUCGUGACCGAUCUUUGUCAGUUUGGCUUGUGUGUUGCUUGAUAAAUGAAACUAUUGGAUCUGAAGAAAAUUUGGCCGCUAGUGACGUCAUCUAGGCCGUCGUCUGUGCCGUCAUCUGUUCUCCAAUAGAUCAUAGAUAAGAACCAAUAAAACUGCCUGUAUAAUUCAGCUAAAUAUAUAAUAUAAUUUGUUGUAGAUAUCGACGUAUUCCAGGUGAUCAGUGCUGUGGAGGUGAUCCUAUUGUGAAUAAGUAUUUAGACUCACAGCAGCUCUGUAAAAAUGCUUCAUGGUACGAAUACGGGAUGAAUUAUGACUAUGAGGCAAAAUUUGCAAAGAAGGUAAGGACGCCGUUUUUUUAUAUUAUUUUAUUCAAUCGCUUGGGAGCGGGUCUUUAUUGUGAGCGCUACGGCACCAGUCUUUUUUUCACCCGCGGGAAAAGUAUAACGGCUUCAGCAACGCGAGCUGGCGAGAGGUCUGCAGGGGGUCUGGUACUGAUGAUGAUUAUUAGUGCCAGACCCCUUGCAUACUUCUCCUCGACGCGUCUCAAAUCUACAGGGCUCAUAAUGAAUAAUGAAUAUUCGAAGAGUUUAAGGAUUUCCACUUCAGAGGAAAUCCUUUUAGUAUCUAACUUUUUUUAACUUUGUCGUUAGAUCGCCGUGGACUUUUUUAUACUGCAUAUUAUGUUUCACUGCCGAGCUAUAAAAUUUAUCAUUAUUUUAUUUACUCGAGGCUUUCGACAUUGUCGAUCCUAGCAGUAUGCAUGACGUGUUUCCAUAUGAAUCAAAUAUUGGCCUAGCUAACCUUAGCUUGAGAUCAGGCCCUCAUUAUUGGCGCUGCAGGACGCGCUUUUCUCUGUCCGCGGAAAGAUUUGAGACGACUCGGAGAGAAGUGUGAAGGGGGUCUGGCACUAAAAACUUAUUAUAAGUUCCAGACCCUCUCGGCCCACGUUCCUCAAGGUCAUAUCCUUCCCACGGACGAAGAAACGGUCAUGCUCAAGCACUAUUCGGCAGGCUAAGGUCAUCUUAGACUGAAUGUUUCUAGUGGUCAUAGUUCUUUUCCCCGUUUACUUGCCACUCACUCACGCAUCACAGAUACCGAGGCAGUGUUUCAACAUAGUUAAACGGAAUUCUUGAUAUAUUAACCCUUUCAAUCCCUGGAGUGACCAAAUAUGAGUUUCUCCUUACAAUACCAAUACAUUUUUAAGCAGAAGGGUGACGAGAAGUAAAGAACUUAUCAAGCAUGGGAUACCAUUUGAGUUCACACCAAAUUCUCAGACUUAAAAUUAUAAAAAAUAUACGGCAGACAGUGUGGAGAAUCAAUCAUCAGAUCUUUUUCUUUUCUAUCUGUAGAAGGCGCACAGUAAAGGUGCGGUAUGGAUAGUCUUUCCUAUGGUUUUGAUUUUGAUUGUGGCCGGUGUGUACUUUGGCAGAAAAUACUGGAAGGUUCAUAAAAUGUAAGUGCAUUUAUAUCUUACACGAUGUGAUAUAACCUCUGUUUCAGAUAAUCUCUAUUCAGUGGAAAUUUUAUUUACAUCAAACAAACUUGAAUUCCAACCGCGAAAAAAAAAAUAUGUACCAAGUCUGCUUAUCGUAUGAUCCUGUCGUUCUCAGUCACACAAUCGUACGGAAUAACAAAAUUGAAAAGGAUAAAGGAAAAAUCUCCAAUAAGUUACUUGCAGUGCCCCCUUUCCCCCCUCAACAAUAUUGCCUGAAACUAGUGACCAUUUUGUUAACUCCAGGUAACACUGAAAUGGGAGAGAGGGAGAUGGAAAUAAAGGUUUUGGAAAAAAUCUAGAAAGUAGUGGUGCGUGCCAAGAAUUUUCCAACUCAUUGUAACCUGGAGUAUCUUGAGGAAAUGUCGCAUUACAACUUUUGUUUUGUAUCAUUGCAGCCGCCCCUCUUAUCGCUACUCUAAACUUUCUCAAGACGACGUGGAAGAAAUGGAGGGCUCUGAGAGUUUCAAGUAUGAUCCCAGACCCAAAGGAUUGCGGGCGUAUCGAGAUUGUGAUACCAGUGAUGAUGUAAGUGCUGCCUUUGCUCUUUUCGUAUCAUGAAGACGAAUGCUUUUUUGAAGAGGUGAAAGGGGGGGGCAGGCUGGAAGAAUUUGGUUGUAUCGCUAUAAAUUGUGCUUGAUCCCUCUCCCCCCCUCCCCAGUCAAUUUUCUUUAGUCCUCCCUUUAUACUCUGACGAAUUUCAGAUAGGGGUUUCCCUUGAGUAGUAAGUUUCAAUCCUGCCCCAUUGGAAGGGAGGUGGUAAGAGAUUGAGGGAGGGGGGUAGUGGUGGGGUUUACAGAGAGAAUUCCAGCGCUCACGGAACCACUCAGGUUUGUAACGAAAUCUUCAUUUAACUUCCACAGGAUGCAGCAAUGAUCGACCUGUGA